UAUGGCUGCUGGGGGGAGCUGGGUCUCAUCACCAGCAGUCAGUCCGCAGCGUACGCCAUCAGCAAGUUUGUCAGCGGCGUCCUCUCCGACCAAAUGAGCGCCCGCUGGCUCUUCUCGUCCGGCCUCCUGAUGGUGGGCUUGGUCAACGUGGUCUUCUCCUGGAGCUCCACCGUCACGGCCUUUGCUGGGCUCUGGUUCCUCAACGGCUUGGCCCAGGGACUGGGCUGGCCGCCCUGCGGGAAGAUACUGAGAAAAUGGUUUGAGCCUUCCCAGUUUGGGACUUGGUGGGCAAUCCUGUCUACAAGCAUGAACUUGGCUGGAGGCUUAGGCCCCAUUGUCGCUGCUCUCAUGUCUCUGAACUACGAUUGGCGCAUGACUUUGUCCUUCUCUGGCUUCAUCUGCGUGGUUGUCUCUUUUGUUUGCCUUGUCCUGAUUAAAAACGAGCCGUCGGAUGUUGGGCUACCCAACAUUGAACAAGGAGCCAAGAAAGGGAAGAAAGGUUCCUCCAGCGAAAAUAGCACUUUGACAGAGCUGCUGCUCUCACCUUACCUCUGGGUGCUCUCAACAGGCUACCUGGUUGUUUUUGGAGUCAAAACAUGCUGUACCGACUGGGGACAGCUCUUCCUGAUCCAGGAGAGGGGACAAUCCAUGCUUGUGGGUAGUUCCUACAUGAGUGCCUUGGAGAUUGGGGGUCUGGUAGGAAGCAUUGCUGCUGGAUACCUUUCUGACAGAGCGGUAGCAAGAGUGGGUCUGUCAAGCUACGGGAAUCCUCGGCAUGCGCUGCUGCUUUCCAUGAUGGCCGGGAUGUGUGUGUCCAUGUUUCUCUUCCGCGUCACAGUCACAGGCGAUUCUCCCAAGGAAAAUCACUUCUGGACUGUAGCCUUGCAACCUCUAGCUGAUCUUACAGGCCUAAAAGAACAUGAGCUGUGGAUCCUGACUCUGGGAGCUGUGUUUGGGUUCUCCUCGUAUGGGCCGAUCGCCCUGUUUGGGGUUAUAGCCAACGAAAGUGCCCCUGCCAACCUGUGCGGCACCUCCCACGCCAUAGUGGCCCUCAUGGCCAACGUUGGGGGGUUUCUGGCCGGACUACCUUUCAGUACCAUUGCCAAGCACUACAGCUGGGCCACAGCCUUCUGGGUAGCCGAAAUCACCUGUACCGGUAGCACGGUGGCUUUCUUCUUACUGCGGAACAUCCGCACCAAGAUGGGCCGGAUUCCCAGGAAGGCUGACUGAGGAUGAGCUGCUUGGUGAAAAGGAUGCUCCCACGCCGACAUGAAUGAUGCUCGUUUUUUGUUUAACUGGCCUAAGAGUGAGUUUACCUAUUGCUGCAACCUAGAUAAAAAUGUCUCAAUUUCUCGUCCACUGUCACGUGCCUGGAGGGCACAAGGUUCCCGCUUCCGAUCACUUUUUCCCUCGAGAUGUGAUAAUUCAGCUAGUUUACAUUUGCAAUGAUUUUACCUCCUUCUCACAGCACUGCUGGUGAAGAAAGCAGGCUUCGCAGCCUGAGCUUCUCCACUAAAAGUACUCUAAAAUGGCUGGCUUCAGGUGCUGUCACGUUUAGCUUUGUCUGUACUGUUCGUCUCGGCCAUUAACUGUCAAUUCAGCCUUGUUGUUCAGGGGUGCUGAAGCAAGCCUUCGCCACGUUCGUUCGUCCCGUCCAGCUGCUGUAAGCGCAGCUGUCUCGGUUUACUUAGGCGUGAGCUCCCUGCGCGCUCUCAGCCCUGGAACGGUGACAGAGCAGCGAAUGACGAUUAUUACGGUUCAGCCUCACGGCUGACUUGAGAGCAGGGUGGCUUUAGCUUUACCCAGGAUUAGCUGUUAGGAGCGAGGGUGGUGGUUUGCUCUGGACAAGCGGAACGCCGAUGCGGUGCUGUGGGAGGGCUCUCCACAGCACUUGGAAGAAUUAGGCUCGUGUCCAAGAAAUUCUUGGCACUUCAGGGGAGAGCAUUUAGAGAAGCUCCUUCUGUUGAACCGAUCCUGCCCGGUGCGAUUUCUGUGUGGUGUUAAUGAUUUGCAAGGGAGGCAGCUGCCGCCCAGUCAGCUUGUAGCGAGCACUCUGCAAAUCAGCCAGGAAAAUUGACCCAGCAGCAGGUAUUGCGACAGCAGCUACUGCCGGCCCGCAACUUCUGCAGCUGGGUUUCAUGAAAACCAGUAUCUCUAGCAUUGGCUUGUAUUUUUUCAGUACAAGGUGCGUAGUCUAGGAUGUUUUCGGUCAAGAGCUGCAUCUCUCACAGCUGCAGGCACGGGCUUGGGCUACCUCCGAGAGUCGGCCUUAGCAGAGCCGCCGCUGACAGCCAGCAGCCUUGCACCGCCAGGCCCAGCACUCUUUGCCAUAAGUAGACUCAGGUUUUUAACCGGGAUUUUGUUGAAUAUUCUUGGUUUUCCCCGAAAGGAUUUACUGCUUUAGGGUCCUGGAAGAGGCAAGUUCAACUCGUGAAGAACCUGCACGCAGGUACUUUGCUGAACAGCUUGGUUGCAAGAGUAGGUAGCCAGCCUUAAUUAAAACAAUGGAAGUGAAUUACAUUUUGUACUUAAUUAUAUGAUCUUCUGCUAUCUGUGAAAUAAAAAUGGAGCAGUGUCA